UAUUCUUAAAAAGCAAAGUGGCAAAUAGAUUUUUGCAAAGAACAAAACGAGCUAAUUCACUGUUUGAGGAAUUUAAAGCUGGAAACAUUGAAAGGGAAUGCAUUGAGGAGAGAUGUUCAAAAGAAGAAGCCAGGGAGGCAUUUGAAGAUAACGAGAAAACUGAGACCUUCUGGAAUGUUUAUGUAGAUGGGGAUCAGUGUUCAUCAAACCCCUGUCAUUAUGGCGGGACAUGCAAAGAUGGCAUUGGUAGUUAUACCUGUACCUGCUUGGCUGGCUAUGAAGGGAAAAACUGUCAAUAUGUCUUAUAUCAGUCCUGCAGAGUGGACAAUGGUAACUGUUGGCACUUCUGCAAACCUGUUCAAAACGAAAUUCAGUGUUCAUGUGCUGAAAGUUACCUUUUGGGAGAUGAUGGGCACUCUUGUGUUGCUGGAGGUGACUUUUCGUGUGGUAGAAAUAUAAAAGCAAGGAACAAGAGGGAAGCAAGUCUGCCUGACUUUGUGCAGUCCCAGAAUGCAACUUUGCUGAAAAAAUCUGAUAAUCCAAGCCCUGAUAUCAGAGUUGUUAAUGGAACAGACUGCAAACUGGGUGAAUGUCCAUGGCAGGCACUUCUGAUAAAUGAUCAAGGAGAUGGGUUUUGUGGAGGAACAAUUUUGAGUCCCAUCUAUGUGCUUACUGCAGCCCACUGCAUUAACCAGACCAAGUACAUUAGAGUUGUUGUAGGGGAAAUAGACAUAUCAAGAAAAGAAACCAGACGUCUUCUUUCUGUGGAUAAAAUAUAUGUGCAUACAAAAUUUGUUCCUCCCAACUAUUACUAUGUGCAUCAAAACUUUGAUCGUGUCGCCUAUGACUAUGAUAUAGCCAUCAUCCGAAUGAAGACCCCUAUCCAGUUCUCUGAAAAUGUGGUUCCUGCCUGCCUUCCCACUGCUGAUUUUGCCAACGAAGUCCUCAUGAAACAAGAUUCUGGCAUCGUUAGUGGAUUUGGGCGUAUUCGAUUUAAAGAACCGACCUCUAACACACUUAAAGUCAUUACGGUUCCUUAUGUGGACAGGCACACCUGCAUGCUUUCCAGUGAUUUUCGAAUUACUCAAAAUAUGUUCUGUGCUGGCUAUGAUACUCUGCCUCAAGAUGCAUGCCAGGGAGACAGUGGGGGGCCCCACAUCACUGCAUACAGAGAUACCCACUUUAUUACUGGGAUUAUCAGCUGGGGGGAAGGAUGUGCACGGAAAGGCAAAUAUGGUGUUUACACAAAAGUGUCCAGAUUCAUCCCUUGGAUAAAAAAAAUAAUGAGUCUAAAGUAACCCAGUACAGAGUCAAGCACUGGUCAGCUCUAAAAAUCAUCCAGUGGCAUAUUUCAUGCAGCAAUAAUGCAUUGGGUUAGAACAUUCAUGAUAUCCACUUUGGUUCAGAACUCUUCAGAUGUAGUGCCACUUUUAAAUAUAACAUUCAAGUCAUGUAGCUUUCCUAUUUAUCGAGAGCUUUUUUCUUCUGGUAUUAAUCCCUUCUGGCACAUAGAAUGAGUAGACUAUUUCAUUUCAGCUCUUGUCUCUUGUGUACCUAUCUUUUACGACCUUUUCUAAAGAUUUAUACAGGUUUGUAAUUUAUAAUCCUUCAAAUAGAAGCUCAGCAGGAAUAUUUGUUCCCUUUGUAAUACAACCUCCAGUUCCCUUGAGACCAUCAGUUGGGUUAAUCAAGGUAGUGCCCAACUGGGUAAUCAGCUGAAUUGUUUUCCAAUUUAAUUUACCCCAAACAGAAGCAGAGGUCAAACCAAGCCUUCAGUACUGUUGCCUUCUACUUCUAUGGAGGGGGAGUUAGGGACGUCAUAAAACUUUGCUCUACGAAUCCAACACUUCAUGUCAAAAAUUUCUUGAAGAAAGUGAACAGAAUUCUGUAUUUCCCAAAUGGUUAUUCCACUCGCGUGCUCACAUUUUGGGUUAUUUUGUGUGAUCAAAAUUUCCAGUGACAGGAUCUGAUUGAGAUGAUCACUAACUGGGUUAUAGGAACAGAAUAAAAGUGAUAUAUUCAA